AUGCCCGUCUCAAAGAUGGCGGACGAAACGGCGCCAACGGCCGCUUCCGGUCCCCGUUCGAAGAACCCGGCAACCCGGAAGUCGUCUUUCUCCCAGCCCGGAGGGAGGAGGGCGAAGAUGGCGGAGGAGAGCAAGAGCAAGAGCGGCCCGGCGGCGGCUCCGGCGGGUCCUGCCGGCGGUGGCGGGGCGGCGAAGCCCUUGACUCCCGAGCAGGUGGUAGCAGGAUUCAACCGCCUCCGCCAGGAGCAGAGAGGUCUGGCUUCAAAGGCGGCUGAGCUGGAGAUGGAGCUGAACGAGCACAAGUUGGUUAUUGAGACCCUCCGAGAGGUCGACCCGACCCGGAAGUGUUUCCGCAUGGUAGGGGGGGUGUUGGUGGAGCGCACAGUCAAGGAAGUCCUCCCAGCCCUGGAAAACAACAAGGAGCAGAUCAACAAGAUCAUUGAGACCCUGAGCCAACAGCUGCAGACCAAAGGCCGGGAACUGAACGAGUUCCGCGAGAAGCACAACAUUCGCCUGAUGGGCGAGGAAGAGCAGAAGCCACCAGCCAAAGACAGCCCGGAGGGGGCGGCUGCCAAAUCCAGUUCAACUGGGGUCCUGGUUUCUUAAAAAGAAGAGUGGACUUGUAUGGAAGGACUUGACCCCACCCUCCCUCAGCCCACAGUUGCAGUUUGGAUCUCAAGAGACCCCCAUCGAUGUUACAGGGUCAUAUCCUCUGUGUUUUGUUAAAUAAAUGUUGGUUUGUUGUGAAAUUUA